GAGGAAAAGGAGAAAAACACGAUGAUGAAUGAUGAAUUUGGGAGAAAAAGAUCUUGAUUUAUUGCGAAUCACAGAGUUAAGAUGAUGUGAAAGACACUUUAACAGAGUGAAUCCAAAAAUUAUGAUCCUUUCUGGUGAAAAAGCACACAAAUAUUGCAUCAUUGAUAGUGAACUUGAUAAAGAAAAGCACUUCUGUUGUCAAUGUUCAUUGAUAAGGUUAAUGCAAAGCGAUUAUAAUUGAUUUUUUGUGGAUUUCUUUGUUUUCUUGGAUUUAAGAAACAUGUUUAUGAGAUUGUAUCGCUCUUCAGGAAACUUUCAAACAAGCUUUUAGACAUUCAGAGCCAAGAAUGUGUUUGGAUGUUUUGUUUCGUCUUCUCAAAGAGAUGCUAGAGAAGAUCCUUUAGAAGUCACACUGGAGAAUCGAUUCGCUCCAUUAUUUUUGCCACUUCACUGCAUAUCGAAUGAAAUAUAAUGAUAUUUAUCUGCCUGCUGAAGACACUUCCAUAUCAUUUCUAUGAUGCUCGCUUGCUGUCUAUUUCCUCCCAAUAAUGAUGAGGCCAGAAAGAAGCAGAGACAUUCCAGCGCGAGGUCAAUUCGACGACAGUGACGAGGAAUUCUUUCUUGCAGACCACGCGCGCGCGCGAGAGAGAGAGAUGGCCACGGAAGAUGGGAUGAAGUGUGAUGAGAGAGUGAGUGUGAGUCCGGAGAUGAAGAGGCGGAAGCCCAACUGGAGAGUGUCCAGUGUCCUCGAUCGGCGCCUCAGUGAAGAGCCUCACUUUGUGCCGGCAAUUGUUGCCACAGUGAAGGACAAGAAGAGCUUGGCUGGCGUGAUGCAGGAACUGGCGAAGAUGCUUCCGCUGCCGGAAUUUGCGCACCUGAAGAGAAUCCGCGGUUGCGAUGUGAUUCUGGGGAGUGCAGAGGCGCUCGGAGAGCGCUAUCUGGAGCAGAUGGGAUUAAGUGGGAGUGUAGUUGAGAGACUCGGGCAGAUAAGGCGGGAAAGUGUGCCAAGAGACACACCAACACUGCGGUGGCAGUUUGAGAUGGCAUCCAAGUGGUGGCCAUGUAAAUUUCAUCCUGACAAACAACUCGAGUUGCUGCACAGCAAUCAAAUCUUCUCUAAUCACCAAGUAAACUUCCACAUCAGCGUCAUGGAGAUAUGCCUGCGCCUCAGCGAUAAGCGCACCAAUCCUGCCGUUGUGGUGGAUCCCAGGGACGGUGCGAUUGUCACAGUGGCGUGGUCGCGCGUAGAGAAACAUCCCCUCGGCCAUACGCCAAUGGUGGCGAUCGACAGUGUGGCGAGGAGUCAGAACGGCGGCGUCUGGCCAGCGGAAGAUGCUGCAGAAAGCACAGAGAUCCUGCACAGCGUCCGCCAGCAGCUGAAGAGUCUGGCCUGCGACGGCGGAGACUGCGGCAAUCUCAGCAAGUUCGGCCCGUAUCUCUGCACCGGUUUCGAUCUGUACGUCCUGCAGGAGCCCUGCCUCAUGUGUGCCAUGGCCCUGAUCCACAGCCGCGUGCGCAGAGUCUUCUUCCACAGACAGUCGCCAUCCGGCGCCCUGAUGAGCACCGCUCAGCUGCACACAAUCAAGGAGCUAAAUCACCACUAUCAAGUGUUCAGAAUUGACUGAUCAGCGCGCGUCUGCCGUGCAAAAGUGGGGCGAAUUCUGCAUUUCACCCGCGAAACCCGAUCUUCAAUUUGGUGUGUCGCGGGGGCAACAGUCUUCGGUCCAGGGGUGGCAAUUUGUGCGGUGUUCCCAAGACAGAGAGAGAGAUGGUGAUUGCGGAGAUGCACGAGGAUGAGUAUUUGAAGAGCGCUGGAUUGGGUUGUGUGGCGGCAAGUGUUGGUUGAUUGCUGCCACAAUAGCAUUUCAAUAAACAAAUCAAUUAAAUGAAGAAACCAACCAGCCUGAUGGAAUGUGACGCGGCUCUGAAGCUCUGGGCUCUUGUUGCGCGAUGAAUAUUUCUACUGUGUGGAUAACUUGUGACGACUGAAAGUGAUUUCUCGCCAGUUGUUAUUGGACAUCCGCCCGAAGAAGUUCACUUCAGCUUGCGCUCAAGCGCUCUCAACUCGCUCAACGGACUUUGUAAUCUCUGAGAGAGAGAGAGAAAA